CUUCUUAACUCCCCAAAAAAAUUUCAUCUCUCUCUCAUUUGUAAACUUGAAAUAUUCUACUCUAUUUUAGUUUGGAAUUUCACCAUUUAACAAUCUCUAUCAUAUUCCUUUUCAUCCUAGCUUUUUCUUGAUUGUUAGAAUUGAAAAUGGCGUCCCAAAAAGAGAGAGAAACUCAUGUUUACAUGGCCAAACUCGCUGAACAAGCUGAGCGUUAUGAUGAAAUGGUUGAGAGUAUGAAGAAAGUUGCAAAACUUGAUGUGGAAUUGACAGUGGAAGAAAGGAACUUGCUUUCUGUUGGUUACAAGAAUGUCAUUGGAGCUCGAAGAGCUUCGUGGCGAAUUAUGUCUUCCAUUGAACAGAAAGAAGAAUCGAAAGGGAACGAGCACAAUGUCAAGCUGAUAAAAGGCUAUCGUCAAAAGGUUGAGGAAGAGCUCUCCAAGAUUUGCUCUGACAUUCUUGAAAUCAUUGACAAACACCUUAUUCCAUCUGCUGGUACCGGUGAAGCUACUGUCUUCUAUUACAAAAUGAAAGGUGACUAUUACCGUUAUCUUGCUGAGUUCAAGACUGAUUCUGAAAGGAAAGAGGCUGCUGAACAAUCAUUGAAGGGCUAUGAGGCUGCUACUGCCACUGCAAACACUGAUCUUUCUUCAACACAUCCGAUCCGGCUUGGUCUUGCUUUGAACUUCUCUGUUUUCUACUAUGAGAUCAUGAACUCCCCCGAAAGGGCUUGUCAUUUGGCUAAACAAGCUUUUGACGAGGCAAUAGCUGAGUUAGACACUUUAAGUGAAGAAUCAUACAAGGACAGUACCUUAAUCAUGCAGCUGUUGAGAGACAAUCUCACACUAUGGACCUCUGAUUUGCCUGAAGAUGGAGGUGAAGAGAAUGUGAAGGCUGAUGAACCAAAAGUUGCUGAACCAAAAUCUGCAGAUGCCAAAGCUGCUGAAACUGAAGAGCCAUCAAAAGCUAAGCAAUAGUCGAUACGCGCAAGAAAUUACAACAGAUUUGUUUUCCCAUCUUUGCAAGAUACAACUGCUUGCAUAAUUUUGCAAUGGCCUCAUCAGAAGAAGAUGCAAUUCAUUGAAUGAUCAGCUGCUGUUUUUAACUAGUUUUGAGACUUAUUCCUUGCUUUUUUUGUUGUUGAAUUACUCUUGUUGUUAAUUGUGGAAGAGUUACCAUCUAAACUGCGGGCAUGUUUUGUAUUAAUUAAUAUUUUUAUAAUGGAUUUGAGCCUUUUUUAUA